AUGGACUCGGCUGGAACGUUAGGUCUGCGAAUCCUUCAAUGCUGCGACAGCUGUGAGAUCGUUGGCGCGAUCAACGGAAAGAAGCGCUUCAAGGGUGCACAUUGGCAUUGUUACCGCUGCAGGAAUGGCUUCAACAGACGCGAUGAGGCUAUUAAGCACUACCGCACUCACUUUCGCAACCCUCAGACGACAUUCCAAAUACAAAUCACUCAGGAAGUCAACCAGAUGUUUCACUUGCCAGAGCAGGAUUCGGCACCCAAUCACAUUCCCGGCGAAAUGGCGGACAUUUCUAUCAUGCACAUGUACCCAGCCCAUCAGAACGUAGCAGAAACUGGGACGACAAGUGCACAGUCACACACAAGUAAGUAUCCCCCAGAGUAUGGAUUACUCUGAGGUGUAUUUUUGUGAAAUGUGCAGGGAUGAAUGAGCGUGGCAGUGAUAAUAGAUAGAGGCUUUGCAUUUUCAUCCGUGUACUGUAUGAGUUACAAAGUUACAUUAGACAAUACUAGUAGUGCGCCCACAGCUUAUUGUAGUCAAAGAAAAUAUUCGAGAUGAAAGAACCAUAAAAAAAACUUCUUGACUCACGAUAA